AUCUCAGCUGCCAACUAUACGAAAACACGUCCGGACACGGUCUACGGUCGUUUCGUGGCCCAUGGAUGGGGUUCAACUGGUGGCGCAUAGUACGGUUGUUAUCUCUGGACGAGGGUGAGAUAACAGCGCCGAUGCCCUGGCCAUAAAUACCCCACAGCAUCCAUUAGCUGAUUCUCAUUUUAGCAGUCAGUGCAGUGAAUUGCAGGUGGUUUUCCCACAGGCUUUACCAUUGGAUAUUGGAUACCGAAGCUAUAACAAAAUGUGCCUGCCGAAAAGAGUGGGUGGCCCGGCCAUCCAGAGUGUUGCCACGGCUUUAGGCAACAUUCUCUGCUUUAACUUUGGCCUCAUGUUUGGCAUCACUCCGGCGCACAUGACGCUCUACGAAUCGGAGGAGAGGACUCCCUUGAACCAGGCCACCGAUCCGGCGGGAACUGCGUGGCUGACAGGAUACCUCUUCCUCAGUGCCGCUGUGGGAGCCUUGGUCUCCGGAUUCCUGGUCCUGAAAAUCGGUCCCAAGUCCGUGCUUCUCUGCUCUGGACUGCUCCAAAUUUCUGCUUGGGCCUGCAUCCAUUUUGGCAACGACAUAGUGCACAUCUACGCCUCCCGCCUAUUCGCGGGCGUGGCAUCCGGCGCCGCAUUCGUGGUGCUACCUAUAUUUAUCAAUGAGAUUGCCGAGUCCCGGGAGAAGGCAGCCCGGCUCACUUUCACCAUUGAGCUGUGGCGCACGCUGGGCAUCUUGAUUGGAUUUGUCCUGGGCUUCUAUGUGCCCUACGCCUUCGUGAACAUCGUGGGCUGUGCGGUGUCCUUUGUGUUCACCAUGACGUUCCCCUUCGUGCAGGAGAGCCCCCACUACUAUCUGCGCAAGAACAACAUGGCCAGCUUGGAGAAGUCGCUGCGCUGGUAUCGCGGCAUCCGCGACAUCGACGAUCGCGAGAAGCCGGAGUACCUCAGCGAGCUGGACGAGUUCCACGCGGAGCUGCGGAGCAGGGACAAGAACGUGGCCUCCACGCCCAUGUCGCACAGCUACAUCAUCCGGCUGACCUUCGUCAGCUUCCUGCUGACCGUGUGCGCCAAAUUGAGCGGCGUAUUCGUGGAGCUAAACUACGCAGCCGACUUUCUCGGACGCACCGGCUAUUCCACGGAAACCAAUUACGUGGUUUUGGCCAGCGCCCAGUGCAUCGGAGCGCUCCUGGCACGGCUCGUUGGUCCGCGUUUGCCGCGAAAGCUCCUGUUGUGCCUUUCAUCGCUUUUUGCUGCGGCAGCAGUCAUUGCAUUAGCACUAUUCAAGGCUUACGGACAAUUUUGGUUGCUGGGCAACUGGGCGGAUCGGUAUUUGCCCAUUUUUCUGCUGGCCAUCCAGCUGGCUGUGGUCAGCUUUGGCCUUUACCCCCUGGCCGCAGUUGUUAGCAGCGAGGUUCUGCCCACUAAGCUCCAUGACUUGUUGUACUCACUGGCAUCUGCUGUAUCGUGGCUCCUGCUCUUCGGCAUGAUAGAGGCAUUCAAUGCGGUCAAGGCCACAAUUGCCCCCGGACUGGUGUUGUACCUGUGGGUCUUUGCCGGAGCCUCCAUCUUCGUGGGUCUUAUUUCGCUGCCACUUCUGCCGGAAACCCGCAACCGUCGUCCUUCGGCGGUGCAGCGGGAACUGGGCUAUGUGGACGAUGGCGGAGUGGCUAAGGGAUCGGCGGUGACGAACGGACACAUCGCCACCCACAUCUGAGAUGCUCGAGUACUCCCUCCUGUUAGCUUUACCAACGAUAUUAGUAACGAAUUUAGUUUUAAACCGCCGCAGCGCGCUAUUUAAUAAGCAACCAAUUAAAGUAAAGCACUUUCAAACAA